AUGGGGAACGAGAAGGAGACCUGUGAUGGUUCGGACGCUGCGGCUGAUCUCCGCCUAAUCCCGGAGUUUGACGGUGUGUCGCAGCCCGUGUGCGAGUGGCUGGACAAGGUCGAACUUGUGUGUCAGCUGCGCGGCAUCAAGGGACUGCACGUCGUCGUCCCGCUGAGACUCACUGGUGGUGCGUUUGCGGUAUAUCAACAGCUCGGAGAAGAUGAGAAGAAGAAGUACGAGGACAUCAAAAGGGCCCUGACAUCGGCGUUUGCUUCGGAUCGGUUUGAAGCCUACGACCAAUUUGAACGUAGAAGGCUGCGUCCAGGUGAGACGGUGGACGUGUUCGUCUCUGAGCUGCGCCGGCUGGCUGGCUUGUUCGGAGGUAUGCCGGACGACAGCCUGGCCUGUGCCUUCGUGGCCAAACUGCCAGAUUCAGCACGCCGUGCGCUCCGGGCUGGAUCACGGAUGGAGGACAUGCCGUUUAGCCAGCUAAUCGGUCGCGCUCGGGCCGUGCUAGCCGACGAGGAAACAAACACCGCGGCCGCCGCCGCUGGCACAAGGACUGGAGCACUCCCGGCCACAAUGAAAUGCUACUCGUGCGGGCAACCGAACCAUAUCGCCCGCGACUGCACGGCAGGCCGCGGACAGCGGGGCCGUGGAGGCCCCCGUGGUGGACAGAGCCUCGUGAGGUGCUACAACUGCAACCGGCAGGGGCACAUCGCCUCUGCGUGUCCGGAAAACGACGCGGGAGGGGAGAGAUCAGCGCCAGCCUCCUCUCCUGUCGACCAGUGA